GGUGUGGAAGACUGGGCUUGGCCAGGUCGGAGCAGCUGCCCUGGCCUGGAGCCCAUGGUCCCUGUGGAUCCCACAGGAUUCCAGAGCUGGGGAGAACCCAACACAACACUGCUGACCUCCCGUGCACCCACAGAGUUGGAGUCUGCAGCCUCCCCAAACUCCAGGAGAAAAGUUUGACAUCAGUGAGCAACGCAGGAGAAGGUUUAGGAUCUGCUCAGCUCAUCUCCAGCACCAUCAGAAAAUCCAUUGGGGUGAGAGACCCCAGAGCUGUCCUGACUGCAGGAGACAGUUUAGUGACAGAUCGGAUCUCGUCCAACGGUGACACCAUCACACAGGCACCAUGUCCUACACCUGCCCUGACUGCGGGAAAGGUUUUCGAUGGAAAUCAGCUUUUAUCCUGCAUGAACGGAUCCAUACGGGUGAGAAACCCUUUAAAUGUUCUGAGUGUGGGAAGCGGUUUAUCCAUGGUUUCAGUUUAUCACAGCAUCGCCGCAUCCACACGGGAGAGAGACCCUAUAAGUGUCUGGAGUGUGGGAAGGAGUUUACCCGGAGUUCCCAUUUAUCACAGCAUCACCGCAUCCACACGGGAGAGAGACCCUAUAAGUGUCUGGAGUGUGGGAAGGAGUUUUCCCAGCGUUCUGAUUUAUCACAGCAUCACCGCAUCCACACGGGAGAAAAACCCUAUAAGUGUCUGGAGUGUGGGAAGGAGUUUUCCCACAGUUCCUCUUUGUCACGUCAUCACCGCAUCCAUACAGGAGAGAAGUUGUAUCCCUGCACUCAGUGUGGGAAAGCCUUCAACAACAGCACCUCUUGGAUUAAUCACCAACAUGUCCACACUGAAGAAAAACCCUACACGUGUCCCCAGUGUGGAAAGGGCUUCACAGCCAGCCGGGGUCUCACCCAACACCUACAGAUCCAUACUGGUGAACGUCCCUACAAGUGUCCUGAGUGUGGGAAAAGCUUUACAAGGAGGUCAAAUCUCACCCAACACCUACAGAUCCAUACUGGUGAACAUCCCUACAAGUGUCCCGACUGCGGGAAGAGCUUCAGGCAAAGCUCGUAUUUGAAAACCCAUCAACGCCUCCAUACCAGUGAAAAACAUUAAAGCAGUGCAAGAGGAGAUUUUACUGGAAAUUUGAUUGCAUCUGUCAUUACCUGACCCAUCACAGCCAUCACCAAGUAUGAAGGGUCAAGUUGACCUCGUUUUCCAAGCUCCAUCACACCAAUGAUGCUUUCUUCAGCUUCUUCAGGACAACAAAAUGGAGUCAGCUGAGGAACCACAUCAUGUUCCAUCCAAAAUUUGACUUUUAAUAUUUGUUUCAGCGUCAAGAAGGCUGUUUUCCAAAUAAGAUAAAAACAGAAAAGUAUUUCCAAUUAUGACACUCUCCUAAAGGGAUGUGGCAGGAUGGGAUCCUGGACACUUUCACUGCACAGCAGGCUGGGAGUGCAGCUGAGGGAGCAGUAGAAGAGAGAGGCAGCAGACUGCAGGACAAUGCUG